AUGGACUCCGCCGCAACCUUUGGACGCGGACAUAGGAAAUCCCAGUCCACAUCAGACGUCGGCAAACAUAGAACACCAUCCAAGUUACGCCGAUCCACACAAGCGAGGGAGACCAGGGAUGAGCCGCCAGCCAGUGUCGAGGCCGCCCUCGAGGAUCGUGCUCUCAAGGUCGUCGAAAAGGCGCUGAGCACGGCGUGCAUCACGAACGAUCUGAAGGACUUUGUGUCGCACAAGGUACACAUCCCGUUGCUCAACGUGCUUGGACGCCACACGGCGUCGCUUGCGAAACGUGCAUCGACGUCGUCACUGCCACCCGGAGACGAACUGGCUCGGCAUCUCAUCCCAGAGAUCGACAUCAUCCUGUCCGUGCUGCAGGGCCUGUCUCUGCUGAGCAAGUCUUGCAAGGCUGCAGUCGGUGAGAAGUGGGCGCUCGAAAUGUUCCUCGACCUUCUGUUACUUCUACGCAUCCAAACUGAGCCGACGGUUUAUGCCGUGCUCGACCUUCUGUUCUGCGUGCUCGUCGAUUCGCCAGCGCACGCGAGGAUGUUCGAGCAGCUCUCCGGUCUCGAGGCGGUCACCCGCGUGCUCCGCGGAACAGGCGUCGCAAAGGAGGUUCAAAUGAAGUGCUGCGAGUUCCUCUAUUUCUACCUCUUGCCCGAGAACGCGACCGAGCUGCCCGACAUGGCUGGCGCGACCGUACCUGCCGCCGAAGCCUCGACGAUCAAACACAACCGGAGUGAGUCUCGAAUCGGCGCCGACGACAUUUCACGCCCCGGCUCACCCGACCUCGGGCUGCCGUUCGUGCCGCAGACCCCGCGCAAGCCGACCAAGCCCAGCCUUGGGUUCGCCACGCCCUCUGCAAACCGCACAGGUACCGCGCGCAAGGUGUCGCCAACGCCGAGCCUGGGAUCGGUCAACGAGGACGCGCAGCUGGUUUCGGACAGCGAUAUGCGGCGGCGGGACAGCAAUGUCUUCGACGUGGGGCGGAGGAACAGCUCUCGCGCGAGAGACGACCGAAGGGACAGCGUCGUGUACAUGGGCGAGUCGCGAUCGAGCUCUGGAUCCAGCUCUGGGUCUAGCAUCACCGUCGUGCCCGGCCGCAGGACGGCGCAGAGGAGCUCGACGGAUCUGCCAACACUGGCAGAGGACGGUGAGCGCCGACCAACACACCAGCGCGCCCAGUCUGCCGCCGCCAUCCCGUCCACCCCUCGUGUCCGGUCCAAAGGCUUCCCGGCGGAAAUCACGCGCGGCCGGCCGACGAGCGCCGCUACGCCCUCGAGUUCUAGCGCGACACCGUCCCCGGCCCUGUCGCGACCAUCGAGCGUGAUCGAUCUGACGCGGGACGUCUCGCGUCUGAGCCUGGACCAGUCACGGCACAGCGUAGACCUGUCAAGGCAGAGUGUCGAUCUCUCCCGCGCCAGUGCGACGCCCGUCUCGCGUCCCACCUCGGCUGCCCCCUCGCCCGCCCCCACACCAGUCAGACCAGCCCUCGGCAAUGCGCGCCGCGUGCCGAGCCAGAAACGCGUGCAGAGGUCUGUCGAGGAGAAGAAGGAGCUGCUCGGGCAGUGGCUCGGAAAUGUCGACCAGCUCGUCCAGGGCGUGGAGAAGGUGGGCAUGUGGCGCGGCCAUGGCGGUCGCGAGCGAGGCGAGCGGGCGUGA